GUUGCGUUAUACAUGUUAACUGAUCACCGGUUUUGUAUUUCCUAACUUUAUUCAGCCAAGCAGAAGAGGGCUGUAGUAGCCAACCUACCUAUUAACGAGCAUUUCUGUCUGCACCGUAAAUUUGGAGCGGCGUCCUGUGGUCGGGUUCAACCUGUUAUCUGAUCACUGUAUCUGUGGCCGGAGUGGUCCGCAUUUCUGUGCGUCAACUUCAUUUCCUCUCAAGGCGCGAGACGCAUUCUGUCUUCAAAGUACCGCACAGUUAAUGCGAUAUUACUCCGCCGUUAACUUCCAGAGCAUGAAAGCGCUAACAUUUGGGCUAACCCUGGUUCGACAUGGGGAAACACAGUACAAUAAAGAAGGCCUGCUACAAGGCCAGGCUAUAGAUUCACACUUGUCUGAGAUCGGGCUGCAGCAGGCCGAGGCUGCAGGCCGUUACCUGAAAGAUGUCAAGUUCAGCAACGUGUUUGUCAGUGAUAUGAUGCGGGCCCAGCAGACUGCUGAAACAAUAAUGAAACACAACAGCAGUUGUUCUGGUCUACAGAUGGUGUGUGACCCUUUACUUAAAGAGAUAAACUUUGGGAUAGCAGAGGGGGGACGGGUGCAGGACGUGAGAGAGAUGGCCAAGGCAGCCGGGCAGUCGUUUCCGGGCUUCACCCCUCCAAAGGGGGAGACUCAGGAACAGGUGAAUGAGCGGGUCAAAGAGUUUUUGGAGAAAAUGCUCCAUCAAAUUGGGGCCGAACACUUGCAUGGCAGAGGGGAGGAUAGAACCUCCUUAUCUGCUCCACCAGAAACAUCUCCUGCGGAGGGAAAGGCAGACGAUGGGGUCAGGGGCAUUCCUGUCCAUGCUUUGGUUGUCACCCAUGGGGCCUACAUGUGCGUGGCAGUGCGCCACUUUGUGGAGGAUUUACAUUGCACCUUGCCUCCGGGUUCUGACAAAGCACAUAUGUACUCUUUAAGUCCUAACACAGGUCUGUGUCGGUUUAUACUAAUCAUGACAAAAGAGGACGACAGGUUCAAAUUGUCAGGGAUCCGCUGUGUGUUCGUCCACAGAGGGGACCAUGUUAAACAGUAGGAGCUAGAUGAUCGGAGGUUUUUAAAAAAUGUUUAGGAGAUAACUAAGAGACAAUGUGAAAAAGCUUCAGAGACUGAAAGUUUACAAUUUAGGUUAUGUUAUUUAUCGGUUCUGUAUUUAUUUUUCAUUUGGUGCUCAAUCACCUCACAAUACAGUGUAUUCAAAUUUUGAAGUCAAUGACUAAGAUUUUUCUAGUUGUUCAAUAUAAGCAUGUUUUGACAAUGGAAAUAUCAAAGAAAAAAUCUUAGGCCAAGUAUUUAGAUGCUGUUUAUUAUUGUAUCUUAAAAAAGCAUUAUACAAUACUUUAUUUAAUUCAGAAAUCCAGUUUAAAAUAACCAAGAUAUGGAUUAAAUAAUACAUAUAAUGCAUCCUCAUUAUUUUAUUCAAUGCCCUACAACAAAAUGUUUUAUAUUCAGGGUUUGAAGGCUGUUUCAUGAGUUGAUCACCUUUAUUUAAACUCAGAUAGACAGUUUGUGUUGCAGGGCAAUGUCAUCAUCACUUUGUUCCUGUCUGGCUGUUCAUUGCUGUACAUGUCGGCAGCUAUGUGCUCUAAUGAGUCUGUGUGCAAAAUGCACAAAUGCAUGCCAAGAAACAGUGCAUACUAGCUACUUGUUGUACUGUUGUAUGUUUGCAUUGUUUCUCUACUUUUCACUCCACUCUCAGUGUAAAACAAAAAUAUUUAUAGUCGAUAAACAUUACUUCUUCAAUACCAUAAACAAGAGAAUGUACAGUAUGUGACUACUGAACUGGAUUGUAUGAAGAAAAACAUUUUACAGAUUCAAUGGCUGUUAUCACUGGGACUCUGUAUUUGAAACACUUUAUUAAGUAGGAAUGCUGUCAGACUUGAGCAGUUUAGUAUAUUUCUUGAAUAAGAAAAUGUAGCUGUUAAAUAUUUCUGUAUCAUAGUAGUAUCUGUGGAAACUUGCCAACAGCGAUGUCUUUUUCUGAUAAAUCUCCCUAAAAAUCCA